CACCAGAUGUCGCUAACAGGCCGAUGGGCAGUGUUUACGUGUUUACGAUGUCAGCCAUUACGUUGUACAUUGGCGCUAUAAACAACCAUCUGUUCGAGCUGUAAUUCAUCAAUCCACUGCAAGCUCUACACGAACGACGGAGAUCACGAUUCACUGAUAUUGUUCCAGAACAAAAGGUCUGAACAUAUAUCCACCUGGUAUGUUCCCACGAACGCGUGACCAGACUACCAAAUUUUGCCAGACUAGGUGACGUCAUCGAAAAACUCUAGCAACCACGGAAUGAACAGCAGACUCGAGAGCCGCCCGCCGCGGCUGCGAACAGGCAGCAAGUCCUGCGCGCCCAGCCCCACCUCCCCACCUCCUAGUGGCGCCCCCAACAACAGCUACCUCCGCGAGUACGCGCUCAUCGCCGAGUACGGCCUCGUGCAGCGGCGCCCCCUUCCGGGCAUCUACGUGAUUCCGUCGGAGCAGUCGUGCGCGACGUGGCACGGCGUUGCGUUCCCGCGCGCGGGGCUGUACCGCGGCGGCGCCUACCGCUUCACGCUCGACAUCCCCGCAGCGUACCCGGACGCACCGCCCCGCGUCGUCUUCGCCCCGCCGCCCUUCCACCCGCUGGUCGACGCCGCCACGGGCGCGCUCGACGUGGCGCGCGCGUUCGCGGCGUGCGGCGGCCACCGCGACACGUCCCGCGACGUCCUCGGCCGUCGUCUUGCGCCUGCUUCGGCGCGUCGACGUUGAGAGCGCGCUGAACCCGCACGCCGCCCGCGCUCUACCG